AUGGUGGCCAUUCCUUUGACCUGGGGGAUGGUGAUGGUACUCUGCUGGUGUUUAUGGCUUAUCUUUGGAAUAAGAAGACGGCAAAUGGGUGAACCACCUCUGGAGAAUGGAUUGAUACCAUACCUGGGCUGUGCUUUGAAAUUUGGGGCCAAUCCUCUUGAGUUCCUCAGAGCAAAUCAAAGGAAACAUGGUCAUGUGUUCACCUGUAAACUAAUGGGGAAAUAUGUGCACUUUAUCACAAAUUCCUUGUCAUACCAGAAGGUGUUGUGUCAUGGAAAAUAUUUUGACUGGAAAAAGUUUCACUACACUACUUCUGCUAAGGCAUUUGGACACCGAAGCAUUGACCCAAGUGAUGGAAAUACCACUGAAAAUAUAAACAACACUUUCAUUAAAACACUCCAGGGGGAUGCUUUGAAUUCACUCUGCGAAGCCAUGAUGGAAAACCUCCAACUUGUUAUGAUACCUCUGGGCUUUCCUAACUCUAAGAGCACAGCCUGGGUCACCGAAGGGAUGUAUGCCUUCUGCUACCGAGUGAUGUUUGAAGCUGGCUAUUUAACUCUGUUUGGAAGAGACCUUACAAAGCAAGAUGCACAAAAAAUGCUUAUUCUAAACAACCUUGACAACUUUAAGCAAUUUGACAAAGUCUUCCCGGCCCUGGUGGCGGGCCUCCCCAUUCAUGUAUUCAAGACUGCAUACAAAGCCAGGGAAAAGCUGGCCGAGGGCUUGAAGCACGAGAAACUCUGCUUGAGGGACCAGGUUUCUGAGCUGAUCCGCCUCCGCAUGUUUCUCAAUGACACGCUCUCCACCUUUGAUGACAUGGAGAAGGCCAGGACACACCUGGCUGUCCUCUGGGCAUCACAAGCCAACACUAUUCCUGCUACCUUUUGGAGCUUAUUUCAAAUGAUCAGGAAUCCUGAAGCAAUGAAAGCAGCUACCGAAGAAGUGAACAAAGCGCUGGAGAAUGCUGGUCAAAAAGUCAGCUUUGACGGGAACCCAAUUUACCUGAGCCAAAUGCAACUGAAUGAGCUGCCAAUCCUAGAUAGCAUCAUCAAGGAGGCUCUGAGGCUCUCCAGUGCUUCGCUGAACAUUCGGACAGCUAAGGAAGAUUUCACUCUGCACCUUGAGGACAGGUCCUAUAACAUUCGAAAAGAUGAUAUCAUUGCUCUUUAUCCACAGUUAAUGCAUUUGGAUCCAGAGAUCUAUCCAGACCCUUUGACUUUUAAAUAUGAUCGAUAUCUUGAUGAGAACAAGAAGACAAAGACCACCUUCUACAGCAAUGGAACCAAGUUAAAGUACUACUACAUGCCCUUUGGAUCUGGAGCCACAAUAUGUCCUGGAAGAUUAUUUGCUGUCCAAGAAAUCAAGCAGUUUUUGAUUCUGAUGCUUUUGUACUUUGACUUGGAGCUUGUAGAGAACCACGUCAAAUGUCCUCCUUUAGACCAGUCCCGGGCAGGCCUGGGAAUUUUGCCACCAUUAAAUGAUAUAGAGUUUAAAUAUAAAGUCAAACAUUUGUGA